AUGUCUGGCAUUGAUUAUACUUCACCACUUAACGACUUGCUAAGUCCUUACAACCGACCGGCACCCCGAGUCAUCUUGUUCAAAGAAGCAAACAUUGUCGAUGUUGAAAAGGGUCAAGUGAUAUCUGGUCGGGACGUCCUUCUUCACGGAGGACAAAUUGUGUCCAUCGAGGGCCCCAUGCCUCCCGACAUUGCAGCAGAGGCUGUGAUGGUAGAUUCUAGCAACUUCUAUCUCUGCCCUCGAUUAAUCGAUUGCCACUGCCAUCUAAAUUUGCCUCCGGGUCCUCCAAACCUCACCGGAAUCGUUCAAGCUUCGCGGGCUGAAGUUGCCAUUCGCCAGCCGCUGUUAUGUCGAGACAUCUUGAACCGUGGGUUCACGACAAUCCGUGACCCUGCUGGAUCAUCCCUAGCAAUCAAGCAAGCUAUAGCAGACGGGGUAAUAGCCGGUCCGCGGGUGUUUUUCGCCGGCAUGGCGCUCUCUCAGACGGGAGGCCAUGGCGAUAUGCGCACAAGUCACACAGCGGCCGAGUCGGGAGACUGCUGUGGCGGUCAAAUUUUUGCCAAUGUCGCGCGCGUCGUCGAUGGCGUUCCCCAGUGCCUGCGGUGGGCGCGCGAAGAGCUACGAUGUGGUGCCGACUUUCUCAAGAUCAUGGCCGGUGGGGGCGUCGCUAGUCCGACCGAUCACAUUGACCAUACGCAAUUCACGGCCGCAGAGAUUGAGGCCAUCACCACGGUUGCCAAAAAUGCCGGUACCUAUGUGACCGCGCACGCUUACACGCCAGAAGCAAUACGGCUGGCUGUCGACAAUGGCGUCAUGGGUAUCGAGCACGGCAAUUUGAUUGAUGAGGCCACCGCUCAGUAUAUGGCAGAGCGAGGAGUAUAUCUCACUCCAACGCUAGCCACAUACGCCGAGAUGGCUAGUGACAAGUGGGCUGGGUUUCUCCCACCUUCUCUGAUGCCAAAGAAUGAAAUUGUCUUGAGAAGUGGUCUCGAAUCACUCAGAAUCGCGUCCAAAUCAGGUGUAGUACUGUGCUACGGGACCGACCUUAUUGGCCCCCUACACAUAGCCCAGGCUAGAGGUUUGCGUCUCUUCUCCAAGGUACUUGGUCCAGUAGAAACGCUCCGGACGGCUACCAUCAACGCAGCCAAGCUGCUCAGAAAGGAAAAUAUGCUCGGGCAAAUCAAACCGAAUUUUGCGGCGGACUUGCUUGUGCUGAACGCGAAUCCCUUCGAAAACAUUACGAUAUUCGAAAGGCCGAAAGAGCACCUGCUUGCCGUCAUCAAAGACGGCAGAGUGGAGUCAAGCAGAUUGCAUGCCCUGGCGAAAGAGCAAUUUUAG